CAAUAACUUAACCCAAAAAUUUCACAUGGCCAUUCAUUCCCAGCGUUGACGUUUCUUAGUAUUUCACGCCGAUAUGAGUAAAAUUCCUUGCUAUCCUGAACAGGAAACAUAGGGUGUUUGGUAAUAUGAAAAAUUCCAAAGCUCACCCACCAUACAUUUUACAGAAACCAUUGUAUGAUAACUGUCAACUUCUUGACUCAGAGGGAACUCUAUUGUCAACUUGCAACCGAAAAAAAGUACAGUGGUAUGUUGAUAAAGGCCUAGGUUCCGUCAUUAAAGAGAAUCCAGUCACUCUCCGGUUAAAUUUUUCUACUAAUUAUAAAGAUCAAGGGUGUCCAUCAAAAGUGUACUAUUGUCAUGAUAAGGAUAACAUCUGUGUUGUUUGCGGUUGCAGUAAUCUCCUACUUCGGAAGUAUAUUGUUCCGGCAGAGUAUCGCAAAUAUUUAGGAGGAACGUCUCAUUCUUCCCAUGAUAUCCUACUUUUUUGCAAGUCAUGUCAUGAUGAACUAAACAAAUAUCAACAUGAGCUGAAAAAAUCUCUUUGUACCAAGUACAAAGUACCUAUCAACAAUGCUGAAACAGGUCCAAAAUUUCUUCCGAAUGAAGAUAUAAAAAAAGUUCAGCAAGCUGGCAAGGCUCUAAAAAAGCACAGAUCAACUUUGCCAGAUUUUCGAAUAAAAGAAUUUUCAGACAGAAUCAAGAACUUUUACAAUAUUGAAAUAUUAACUGAUGAAGAUAUUGACAAAGCUUUCAAGGAAAUCUAUAUGGAGACCAAUGAUCAUUAUGAAUCGCAUGGAAAACAAUUGAUGGAAGCCUACAAAAACUUUAAUUGCGAUGACAUGCUAGCUUCAAAAAAGUUUGAAAAACUUUGGCGACAACAUUUCCUUGAUAAUAUGAAACCAAAACAUUUGCCCCUCGAUUGGUCCGUUGAUCAUGGCUUUGAUCUUGUCCUUUGUGAAGAACCUAGUUGAUAUGAUGAUCGUCCUCUGAGAGCAAGAAGUUUUUACCGUUGCAUUGACAAAAAGUCAAGAGAUCAAAAAUUUAAUCUUAAUUAGCUCUAUGCUUGAUCGGUCCAUUGAUUAUGGUUUUGACCUUGUUCAUGAGUGAAGAAUUUAAGCAAGAUUUACUUGACUCAAUAUUGACCAAAAAUUGAUUUAACUCAUGCGUGUUGCAAGGACCAUAUUCUACAAGAAUAUGAAUUCUAGUGAGAAGUUUUUAUUAUUUUAUCAAUUAUCAGGUAAGGUGUGAAUAAUUCUCAUUCAGUUGAAUUUUAGUAACAUCAUUACAUAUUUUGAUUGAUAUGUGAGAUCUUUGCAACCAAGGUGUGCUAAGAUAAAAAGACGAAAUAUUCUUUUUUUUUUUUUUGGUCCAAUGCUUUGCACAGAUAUACUAUCCUCAGAGAUUGUUUUUCAUUAGAAAGAUUCCACAAACUCAGUAUCUCAACCAUUCAGCUACAGACAUUUCCUGUUGCAUAUAUAAGUAACAUUAAACUUGGGUGCACCUGCACAUCAGGUAGCAAAAUUAUGACAAGUGUAUUGAUAAAUAUUAAUUGAAAAUAGCCUCUUGUGAUAUUCACCCCUCCGUUUGUUAUUAAAGUCGAAUAAAAAGGGAUGGAAUGAUUUUUUAUUUCCACAUUUAAAGCCAUCCUGUAACUUCUGUUAAAAUUUUGUCCUGUUAAAUAUUAGUCCUGUUUCUCAUAAAUAGGGCUUCUUCACUUUUAUCCCUAGCAGAAUCAUGUGAACUAUAAAGUAACUCUCAAUUUACCAACCUGAAGAGGACAGCAUCAUAUUAUGAAAGUUUCAUGCCUACAACAUACCUACUGACUGGUAUGAGGAAAGGGCACCCUUAAUUUAGCAGAAUCAUUUUUUUAUAUGUUAUACAAUUUCCUUAGCAAAAGCCCUGUUGCACCAGAUUGGCAGGUCAGACUUCUUUUUUUUGGCCCAGUAUCUCAGUCUCGUGUCUUGCUUAGUUAACAAAGUAUGCCUCAGUGCUUAGUCAUAAAUCAUGAUAGAUAUUUAUAUUUAUAAGCUAAUUCUUUUUGGAGUUCUCUGGUUUCAGCGUCUGGUUCAAAUUUUUUUUUUCCUCCUGAAAAAACUGAAGUAAGUAAGUAACUGCUAUAAGUUGCGUUUGACUUUUUACUUUGUUAAUAUUUUUUUAAAAAUAUACCUUUUUAAUUUCUUUGAACCAAAA